AUGCUCGGCACGGCCAGGCUCCUGCUAGCCCUCGCCAUCGUGCGCCAGACCCUCGCCCUGUCGUCGCACUCGCCGAGAGACCUCGAGGCCCUCCCGGCCUACGCUGUCUCCCUCGCGGAGCACGGCAUCCUCAACGACACUAUCGCCGACCUGCUUGCUCAAGACGUCGAGGCCUCCUCGCACCCGUACCCGCUCAAGCGCCACCUCCUCCGCACCCCGAGCGGCCAAGCCUUCCUCUGCACCGUCCCCGCCGCAACCGGCGAGACCAAGAAGCAGGCCGGUGCUCGCGCCGACCACGACGCCCUCGUCCGCGCACGAGAGCGCGAGCGCGGCGUCCAGCACGGCCUCGCCCUCCUCGAGCCCAUGCGCCAGGGCUGCCUCUAUCUUCGCGAGGGCUGGUUCACCUACAGCUUCUGCUACGGCAACGAGAUCCGCCAGUUCCACGCCUACGACAUGCGCGUCCCGGGCACCAACGGGCCCAAGGAGGACCCGGACGCCGACGCCUACACGCUCGGCAUGAUGCCCGAGCCGUCUUUCAGCCCCGAGCCCAAGUACGGCUCGGGCCGGCAUUCGGUCGAGCUCCAGGUGCCGACCACGCUCGGCGGCGGCGACGGCCUCGGCUGGGACGAGGGCGGCCGCUACCUGUCGCAGGUCUGGGACAGCGGGACCAUCUGUGACAAGACGGGCUUGCCGCGCGAGGUCGAGGUGCAGUACCACUGCAACACGCAGACGAUCGACCGCAUCGCCCACAUCCGCGAGACGUCAAUCUGCCGCUACGUCAUGCUCGUCCAUACACCUCGCCUGUGCGGCGACCCGCUCUUCCUCGAGGGCCACGACAAAAACCAAGAGCCCGCCGCGACGAUCGAGUGCCAGCCUGUCGUCCGGCGUCUGCAAGAGCAGCUUCCCGAGCAGCCGGCGCCGGCAGCUGUCGCGCCUGCGCCCGUCUCGCCAGUACCUGUCGAUCAACCGCCGCACCAUGCUUCGACAGCAGCCGGCGCCGUCGACGACGACGACCUCGACCUCGAGCACGACGUCCCGCGCGUCGACCUGCAGACGACCCUCGACGAGCUCCUCGACACCGAGGGCACCCUCACGCUCGUGUACGACCCAGACAGCGGCGAGAUCGAGUCGAUCGUGAGCGACCUCGGCGAGGACGUCUUUGUCGACAGCGACCUCAAGAAGCAGCUCUUUGCCGACAUGGUCCAGGCGGCGAUCGGCGGUGCCGACGGCGAGGACGGGUCUGACGGCGUCGAGAAGGACGAUCGUCACAGCGACGACGAUGCGCCGGUGGGGCGGGAGAAGACGACCGAGGAGUCGCUCGAGAACCUCGCCAAGCUCAUGCACGAUACACUCGCCGAGGCGCUUCGUGCGCACGCUCACCCCGCCAACGAGCAGCGCCCGCCCGCACCGCCCGGCGACGCCGCUCCUCCCGCCGCCGCCGCGCCCGACCCUAUCGCCUCCCUCCUCGACGUCAUCCGCCGUGCGACCAACCCUCCCUCGUCUGACGCCGAGCGCGCCGCCAAGCCUGCGCCGCCGAUGCACCCCGGGUUGCACAAGUACCUCGAGGGCUUCAGCAAGGAGAAGCGCACGGUGCGCGUCCCGCCCGAGGCGAUCCUCGGCAGCGAGGCGCACGAGCGGCUUCGUGCUCGGUUCGCGAGGCGGUACGAGGCGGAGGAGGGCGAGCAGGAGGGUGCAGCUGGAGGGGAGGGCGACGAGCGCACGGACCCGCGUGACGAGUUGUGACUUGUGAGCGGCGGGGCCUCUCGUCGAGGCGGGCUUGCAAUGUGUGCACAGUCUUCUCUAUGUG